GUUGAUCGCUGCUCUCCUGCGAAAUCUGACCAAGGCUUUGAGAGAAUCAUCUCACUGGCUGAGGUGCGCGGACUUGGUCUCGUUCCUCGUCUUUCCCCCAACACUUGUUCUCGGGUGCUGUUCCCGUGUCUCAACAACUUGGUCGAAGCUACCUGAUUGGCUGAUAUGGUCGACCUUCCUUCAGACUACACUCACAUCCAUCAGUUUGCGCGAGAUCUUAUAGCAUUCAUGCACGAGCCGCGUUCUGUGCAAAUCACUGGCGGCAUUCACGUCAACGAUGCCUUCAUCUACGACGCUUGGUCAAAAUUACCAUCAGAAUGGACAGCAUGGUGGGAAUCAUUAUCCAACCCACAAGAUGCACAAAAAGACCUGAUCAACAGCCUUCGAAAAGAGCCAGAAGCAAGGCAACACGAUCUUCAAGGUCGACCGGACAGUCUCUCCCAGUGGCUAAAUUGUAUCCGCAAUCUCAGUCUUGACCGAGAACAAUUCGUUCUCCCUGAGGGAAUCCCUCAUGUUGAAGUGCCGGAGAUACUGGCCAGCAGAAUGGUCACCAAGAAAUUGGCGGAAGUAAAAGCAGGCGCCCGCUACAUCAACCACGUCUGCAAGACCAAUAACAUCACCCGCGUCGUCGACAUCGGGAGCGGACAAGGCUAUCUCUCUUUGACUCUAGCAGCCGCUUGCAAUCUGAAAGUCCUCGCCAUCGACGGCAGCGCCAAACAAAUCGCCGGUUCAAAAGCAGCAGCCGAACAAGCAGGCCUCACAGAAGGCGAUCAGAUCACCCACCUCACCCGCUUCGUCACCGGCACAGACGAACUGGCCACUGAAGUCUCAACAUGGGCAGAAGGAGAGAAAUGCCUACUCACCGGUCUUCACGCCUGCGGCUCACUAUCCGAACACAUGAUCCGCCUCUCCACCACUACCCCUUGUAUCUCCCACAUCGCAGUAGUAGGAUGCUGCUACAACCACAUCACCCCCUUCUCCGCCUCCAAUCCCACCGGUUUCCCAAUCUCCACCUUCAUGCGCUCCCACAACCUGAACUUGUCAACUUCAGCUUUGAUAACAGGAUGUCAAGCCCCUACAAACUGGAUACACAACCCAAACUCCAUUUUUGGACGAAAACACUUCUACCGCGCAGUGCUGGAAAAACUGCUUUUCGACAAAAACCUUGUUGCAGACGGCGCCCGUCCAGUUUGGGGUAUACGCAAUGGCGACCUUCGCAGCUUCCACACCUAUACCUCUCGCGCCUUAUCCUCAUUAAACCUCAUCAUUGGCAAAGACAUCAGCGAGCAAGAAGUCACCGGAUACGAAAAAGCAUAUGCAGGAAGAUCAGCAGAGACGGCGAUAUUGUGGACGUUAUCGGUGCUGCUUUGUAGAGUUGUGGAAAGUGUGAUUGUAUUGGAUAGAGUGUUUUAUUUGGAGGAGCAGGGGAUGGAGGAGGUGGGGGUUUUGCCUGUGUUUGAGUAUAGGGAGAGUCCGAGGAAUUUGAUGGUUGUGGGGAAGAAAGGAGCCGAGCUGUAAAGGGAUAUUCUUGAUGCCAUCUUUGCGUUUGUGUGAUAUGUUUCUAGUUUAGGAUACAUCAUUGAAGAUGUUUUUAAGAAAGUACUCGCUCCGUCGAGCAAGCACGGCCAGCACUUUGUCGGAAGGCACGAUAAUUCACGAUAGGCAACCAA